AUGGCACCUCAAAGAGAGGCCCCAGUCCUUCUGGACCUGACAAUCGACAACAUCACGCCGAAUACCAACCGCAUCAAUGCACAAUGCGACGACCCGCGACUCAGAUACUUGAUGUCCCGUCUGGUGACGCACCUCCAUGAUUUCGCCCGUGAGACACGCCUUAGUACCGAUGAAUGGAUGGCGGCUUUGAACUUUUUGGUUGGGUGUGGUCAAAUCAGCAGCGACGUGCGCCAUGAAUUUAUUCUGCUAUCCGAUAUCCUCGGCCUCUCCCUCCUCAUCGACAGCAUCAACCACCCCAAGCCCCCUUUAUCAACCGAAGGCUCCGUCCUGGGCCCGUUCCACACCCACGAUGCGCCGGUAAUGCCGAGCGGCGGCGAUAUGUCGUCUGACCCCGAGGGCGAGCCACUACUGUGUAUCUGCACGGUCAAAGACACACACGGGAAGCCCAUCCAGGGCGUGCAGAUUGACAUUUGGGAGACAGACAGCAGCGGACACUAUGAUGUUCAGCACGAGGGACGGGAUGAAAAAGGACCGAGCGAGCGGUGCGUCAUGGAGAGCGAUGCAAACGGUCGGUUCUGGUUCAAAGGCAUCAAGCCUGUGAGCUAUCCGAUUCCCCAUGAUGGCCCAGUUGGGAAAUUGCUGGAGAGACUUGGACGGCAUUGCUGGAGGCCUGCGCAUUUACAUUUCAUGUUUCGGAAGGAGGGGUUAGACAAUUUGAUAACGGCACUCUAUCUCAGAGGCGAUCCAUACGAAACCUCCGAUGCCGUGUUUGGCGUCAAGAAAAGCCUAGUCAUCCACCUUGACAAAGUGGAUAAGGCCACCGCCGAACAGUACGAUGCUAAAGAAGGCGCUUGGCUGUUGAAGCACGAUUUCGUCUUAGUCACCCAGGAGGAUGCUGAUAGGUUGAGAGACCAGAAUGCGACUAAGGCACUCGAGAAAUUAGGGCUGAGGAUGAAAUUGGUGGAUCAUCUUCCCAUCCCAGAUGUCGACUGA